CAAAAAUGAAAGACGACACGGCUGCCAAACGUCUCAAUCAACUCUCCUCCCACCUAUCAACACCCCAACUACCACCAGACUACUCCGACGUCCUCUCCACCAUCGACACCCUCAAAGAAAUCGCCGCAACCCCCAACCCUUCUCACCGCGGCUACGCACGCCAGAAACAAGCUGGCAAGCUCUGGGUCCGCGAGCGCAUCACCCAGCUCCUCGACCCCAACUCCUUCGAAGAGAUCGGCUCCGUCUCCGGCACCGUCACCUGGAAACCCACCGGUCCCACGUCAGAAGUCCCCGAAUCCUUCACGCCGAGCAACAAUGUCCAGGGCUUCGGGAACCUCCGCGGCCGACGCGUCCUCCUCACAGCCGACGACUUUAGCAUCCGCAGCGGACACGCCGACGGCUCAACGGCAGACAAGACAAUCUACGCCGAGAAGCUAGCCAUCGCGCUCAAACUGCCCGUCGUCAAGCUCGUCGACGGCAGCUCCGGCGGCGGCAGCGUAACCACCAUCCGCAAAGAAGGAUGGAGUUAUCUCCCCUACGUGCGCAUGUACGCGCAGGUUGUGGAGCAGCUGAACAAGGGCAUUCCGAAUCUGGGGGCUGUCGUUGGACCUGCUAUCGGUCUCGGCGCAGCACGCGUCGUCUCAUGCCAUUUCUCCGUCAUGGCGGCGGAUAUCGGUGCGCUGUUCAACGCCGGCCCGGAGGUGGUCGCCAACGCCACCUUCGAGGAAGGACUGGAUUUUCAGGAUUUGGGCGGGCCAAUGGUGCAUUGCACCAACGGGACGAUUGACAAUCUUGCUGCCAAUGAGGCCGAGUGCUUCGAACAGUUGCGGACGGUGCUCGGGUUCCUGCCUAACCAUGGCGGCGAGGCGCCCCCGUCAGAGGACGUCGGCUUGCGGAGUGUUAUUCCGCGGCGUGCGGCGAGGAUGUACAACCCCUACACCAUUAUCAGGUCUGUAGUGGACGCGGGCUCCUGCGAUCGGGGGCUGGCGAGACUGGGUGGUCGGCCGGUGGGGAUCAUCGCGAAUAACUGCGAGGUGAAUGGGGGUGCGCUGGAUGCGGCAGGCAGCCAGAAGCUGGCGCGGCUGCUGAAGCUAUGCGAUGUGAUGAAUCUGCCGGUUGUGCAGUUUGUGGACGUCCCCGGAUAUGCUAUUGGGACCGUCGCCGAACGCAACGCCACGAUGCGCUGGGGGGUGGAGCUGGCUAAAACCUACUUUGCCACGACGACUCCUAUCUUCAACGUGAUUACAAGGCGUGCGUAUGGCGUUGCCGGCGGGAUCAUGCUGGGUGCCCGAGACCCCGUCGUUCAGGUUGCCUGGCCUUCCGGGAACUGGGGGUCUCUGCCACUGGACGGGGGCAUCGAGGUGGGCCAUCCAACGGGCGGCAAAGAGAGCAAGGCUGCCCGGUAUAAGGAGUUGGAGGAGGAAUAUCUGCGGCUGAUGAAUCCCGUGCGGACGGCCAAUGCGUUUGGGGUGCAGGAGAUUGUCGAUCCCAAGGAUACAAGGAAGAUCUGCUGCGGAUGGGUCAGACACGUGUACGAGGUGUUGAUGGCUGAGCGGUUGGCUUUGAGGAAUUGUGGGAAGAUCCAGCCUGUCUUUUCAUAA